CCCUCAGCCCGAAGGGAAAGCGGCCGCGGCGAGGCGGGCCGUCACGGUGGGCCGUCCGCCCUCUUCCCUGCUCUUCGGGCUGCUCUGGGGGCGCGGGGCCGUUCUCCGCCGGCCAUGGCGAUGGACACCAGCGGCAAGGAGAAGGAGGCGCUGCAGCUGCUCGCCGAGGCGGACAAGAAGGUCCGCGGCUCCCACGGCUUCUUCUCGGGGCUCUUCGGAGGUGGCUCCUCCAGGAUCGAAGAAGCAUGCGAUAUCUAUGCCAGAGCGGCUAAUAUGUUCAAAAUGGCCAAGAACUGGAGCGCUGCUGGGAAUGCAUUCUGCCAGGCUGCUCAGCUCCAUCUCCAGCUUCAGAACAAGCAUGACGCAGCCAUGAGCUUUGUGGAUGCUGGGAAUGCCUUCAAAAAGGCUGAUCCUCAAGAGGCCAUUAAUUGUCUCCUCAGAGCUAUUGAGAUCUACACAGACAUGGGGCGUUUCACCAUUGCAGCCAAGCACCAUAUAACCAUAGCUGAGAUCUAUGAGACUGAGCUGGUGGACAUUGAAAAGGCAAUAGCUCAUUAUGAACAAGCUGCAGAUUACUAUAAAGGUGAAGAAUCAAACAGCUCUGCCAACAAAUGUCUGCUGAAAGUGGCUACCUACGCAGCUCAGCUGGAGCAGUACCAGAAAGCUAUCGAAAUCUACGAGCAGGUCGGUACUAGUGCCAUGGACAGUCCCCUGCUGAAAUACAGUGCAAAGGAAUAUUUCUUCAAGGCAGCCCUCUGCCAUUUCUGCAUUGACAUGUUCAAUGCCAAGUUGGCUGUACAGAAGUACGAAGAAAUGUUCCCAGCUUUCUCGGAUUCUAGAGAAUGCAAACUGGUUAAAAAAUUGUUGGACGCUCACGAGGAACAGAAUAUUGACAGUUACACUGAAUCAGUGAAGGAAUAUGACUCAAUCUCUCGCCUGGACCAAUGGCUGACCACCAUGCUUCUGCGCAUCAAGAAAACCAUACAGGGAGAAGAGGAAGAUCUGCGCUAAGAAACCCUUGCCCUCAGUCCUCUGCCCUGUGUUUGCAGAACUCUGCAUGGAUCAGCUCUGGGGGAAGAGAGGGUCUUGGCACGAAGGAAUUAGACUCAAGUGGCAAAUUCUUCAUUUUCGCUUCCUUUCUCAUCAUGCCUCUUUGUGCGGCAGUAAACGGGGCUGGGAUGUCUCACCUGUGGACUGCUCCAGAGAGAUUUGAAGUUUUCCAUGUUGAUUGCCUUGCCCCGCUUCUUGAGCCAGCAUUUACAUCCUUCUGAUGGCUUAAUUGAUUGUUUAAUAUUUAAAGCAUCUUUAAUAAGUUCA